AUGGUGAGCGACAUGACGGGAGUCGCGCGCACCGUCAAGGACGCCAAGGAGGUGCUGUGCGGAUUGGGGGCCCCAGGCCAAGCCGUGGCGGGCAGGCUGGGGCGGGCCUCCGAGCGCCGGAAUGCGGCGGCCCACCCGGCGUACGCGGGCCUCGCCGCGGCGGCGGGCCAGGUGCUCGCAGACGCCGACAUGCAGGUCGAGAGGAAGGCGGAGCAGGCCAACGUGUCGGAGCAGGCCGUGGCGACGACCCCCAAGGCCAGGGAGAAGCUGCAGCAGGCCGAGCAGAUGGCCAGGAAUACUGAGGAGAUGUUGAAGCGAGCCGAGGAGGCGAUGCAGCAGGCCGAGCGCAACGUGCAGCUCCCCGAAGAGAAGGCCAUGCAGGAGUCGAAGAAUGCCAAUGGGUUGGCGAAGCAGGCCGAGGAGAGGUCGGAGGCGGUGCGCUGCCUCGUCAGCUAG